UGGAAGAAGAAGGGACUUUGAAAAAAACGCCGUCCGUGGCUUGGCAUGGAGAAUCGAUGCCGUGCGCUGAACGUGAAUGUGGCUGCCGCACAGAGACUCAGGGAGAGUCUGGAAGAUGGCGGCCUCCUGCAUCCGCGGCUGAGGCCUCGUCGCCAGGAGAGCGGCAGGCUUCUGCUGCCGCUGGCGGAGGAGGCCGAGCGAUGUGAUUGGCUGCCGCUGCGGCUGGCGCUGCAGGAGGCGGGGCUGGCGGCGGCGGACGAAUCCGAUUGGCCGGCACCGGGCGAGGGCUUGGAGGAACGAGGGGAGACGCUCGCACGCGAUUGGUGGUUGAGCUCCGUCUCGGCGCCGUCUCUCCGGGGCCCCCGGCGCCGACGAGGCCGCCCGGCUUCCUCGCGGCUCCUCCACGCCCUGCGCGCACUAGCGGCCCGCAAGCUCCGCGAGAAGGACGCGGAGCUCCGUGUGGGGGACGUGGAGCUCCGUGGGGGAGACGAGCUCCGUGGAAAUGACGUGGAGCUCUGUGGGAAGGACGUGGAGCUCCGUGUGGGGGACGUGGAGCUCCGUGGGGGAGACGAGCUCCGUGGGGGCAACGUGGAGCUCCGUGGGAAGGACGUGGAGCUCCGUGUGGGGGACGUGGAGCUCUGUGGGAAGGACGUGGAGCUCCGUGUGGGGGACGUGGAGCUCUGGGCUCGCGAGGUGCCGAGCCGCUACGAGCGACACGGAGACCUCGUGGUGCUGCCCAGCGGCGCAUUCCGCUCGCACUACUGGAGGCAGCUGGAGCCGGAGCUGUGGGCGGUGGUAGCGAGGGUGCUGGGAGCGAGCCGCGUGGCGCGCUGCCACCGCGUGGCCCCCGACGACUUCCGCAGCCCCCGCACCCAGCUGCUGCUGGGGGGGCACGGUCACGUGGUGCACCGUGACAACAGCAUCACGUACGAGUUUGACGUGACGCUCUGCAUGUUCUCGAAGGGCAACGUGUCUGAGAAGCUUCACCUCGCCUCGCUCGACUGCCGGGGAGAGACGAUCGUAGACCUGUACGCAGGCAUCGGCUACCUGACGCUGCCGCUGCUGGUGCACGCCGGGGCGGCGCUGGCCGUGGCGUGCGAGUGGAGCCCCCACGCGGCGGCGGCGCUGCGCCACAACCUCGGCCGCAACGGCGUCGCCAGGCGCUGCACCGUGCACGCGGCGGACAACCAGACGCUUCGCGAGCGAGGCUUUGCGGACCGCGUGCUCCUGGGGCUGCUGCCGUCGUCCCGACCCGCCUGGGCUCUGGCUUGUGCGCUCCUGCGGCCGGACCGCGGCGGGAUCCUGCACAUCCAUCACAACGUCGCCUCCUCCACGCCCACAGAGCCCCGCAGCCCCACUGACGUGACGUCACUUCCUGCCGGCCACGACACUAAAGUGACGUCACUUCCUGCCGAACACAGCGGCACAGAAGUGACAUCACUUACUGCCGACCACGACACUAAAGUGACAUCACUUCCUGCCGGCCACGACACUAAAGUGACAUCACUUCCUGCCGACCACGACACUAAAGUGACAUCACUUCCUGCCGACCACGACACUAAAGUGACAUCACUUCCUGCCGACCACAGCCACACUAAAGUGACAUCACUUCCUGCCGACAACAGCAUUGAAGUGACAUCACUUCCUGCCGACCACAGCAUUGAAGUGACAUCACUUCCUGCCGAACACGACACUAAAGUGACAUCACUUCCUGCCGACCACAGCGGCACUGAAGUGACAUCACUUCCUGCCGAACACAACACUAAAGUGACAUCACUUCCUGCCGACAGCAGCACAGACGCGACAUCACUUCCGUGCGAGUGCGGUACCGGCGCCGAGGAAGAGGAGGGGGGGCGUGCCGCUUGCGCCUGUGCCAGCGCCCGCCCCGCCUGGCGCGCCUUCGCCCGCGACGCCGUCCGCGAGGUGCGGCACCUGCUGCUCGCCGCCACGCGGGCCCCGGGGGGGCAGGGGGGGGGCAGGGGGGGGGCGGGGGGCUGGUGCGUGCGCACGGUGCGAGUGGCGCGCGUCAAGAAGUACGCGCCGCGCGUCGACCAUGUGGUCGUCGACUUGCAUUGCAGGCCGCUCACGUGAACCUCCGGGCUCAACACGUGACCCUCCCCGGCCCCCCACGUGACCCCCCCGGGCCCCCCACGUGACCCCCCCGGCCCCCCAACUGAACCCCCACCCGUCCCCCCACGUGACCCCCCCUUUGAGGCUCUUCGUACGUCCAUCUCUUGAUCGGUCGGUCAGGGUGGUAGUUUAGAGAUGAUGGUGGUGGUGGUAGUUUAGUGAUGGUGGUGGUGGUAGUUUAGCGAUAAUAGUGGUAGUUUAGCGAUGGUGGGUGGUGCUGGUGGUGGUAGUUUAGCGAUGGUGGUGGUGGUUUAGUGGUGGUGGUGGUGGUUUAGCGAUGGUGGUGGUAGUUUAGCGAUGGUGGUGGUAGUUUAGCGAUGGUGGUAGUGGUAGUUUAACGAUGGUGUAGUGG